GGAUUUUCCCAAAAGCCCGUCCUUUCGCCCCAAACCCGCCCAGGUGGACAACUCCUCGCUGACCGGGGAGUCGGAGCCGCAGACGCGCUCCCCGGAGUUCACGCACGAGAACCCUCUGGAGACGCGCAACAUCACCUUCUUCUCCACCAACUGCGUCGAGGGCACGGCCCGCGGCGUGGUGAUCGCCACCGGUGACCGCACCGUCAUGGGCCGCAUCGCCACGCUGGCCUCGGGGCUGGAGGUGGGCAAGACGCCGAUCGCCGUGGAGAUCGAGCACUUCAUCCAGCUCAUCACCGGCGUCGCCGUCUUCCUCGGCAUCUCCUUCUUCAUCCUCUCCCUCAUCCUGGGAUACACCUGGCUGGAGGCCGUCAUCUUCCUCAUCGGCAUCAUCGUGGCCAACGUGCCCGAGGGGCUGCUGGCCACCGUCACGGUGUGCCUGACGCUGACGGCCAAGCGCAUGGCGCGCAAGAACUGCCUGGUGAAGAACCUGGAGGCCGUGGAGACGCUGGGCUCCACCUCCACCAUCUGCUCCGACAAGACCGGGACCCUGACCCAGAACCGCAUGACCGUGGCGCACCUGUGGUUCGACAACCAGAUCCACGAGGCCGACACCACCGAGGACCAGUCCGGCACCGCCUUCGACAAGAGCUCUCCCACCUGGGUGGCGCUGAGCCACAUCGCCGGGCUCUGCAACCGCGCCGUCUUCAAGGGCGGCCAGGAGAACGUGCCCAUCCUCAAGCGGGACGUGGCCGGCGACGCCUCCGAGUCGGCGCUGCUGAAAUGCAUCGAGCUCUCCUCGGGCUCCGUCAAGGUCAUGCGGGAGCGCAACAAGAAAGUGGCCGAGAUCCCCUUCAACUCCACCAACAAGUACCAGCUCUCCAUCCACGAGACCCCUCCUUUAAAUCCCCCUCCCCAAAUCCCACAAAUCCCUAAAUAA